AGAUUUUACGGACAUUCUCGGUUCUAUGCACAGAGAAGACAAAGGGUUGAAGCCAUGUACAAUCCCUUCCGUCAGAACGCAGUGCCGAGUCUUCCACCCUUCCAUUCAUCUGCGUGUCAGUCUGCAGCGCAACCUACCGUGCAUUGCUUCGGCUAUUUUUAUUAUGGUUGCAAUUGGUAAACAAUACAGCAAUUCCGACCCAUGGUAGCUUUUCAUUGGUUCAAUAAUACGCCAGUCACAUCACUUCCGCCCGUUUGUCGGAUUCUGAUUGGACGGAGGGCUCCUUUUUUUUCUUCUGCUUGGCGGCGGUGAGUCGGAGCCGCCGUAACCCCGGUCUGGCACGUUCCUUGCUAUCUGAACGUUGUAAAAUUGGGCCCGUUCUUUCCCCCCCAAAGUCAAGCAACCUCAUCAUUUUACCGCAUCUAUCUGGACGUUUUUGUCUCAAACACUACUCCAAAUACCCACUAGAUACCUCAUAAAAUGGCGGUGGUAAGCGGUAUGUCGGGGUCGGCGAUAGCCCGGCUGGAGGGCCGAGAAUUCGAGUAUUUGAUGAAGAAAAGGUCGGUGACCAUUGGCCGGAACUCCUCGCAGGGCUCCGUGGACGUCAGUAUGGGACACUCCAGCUUCAUUUCCAGGCGGCACCUUGAGAUUUUCACGGCGAGCGAAGAUGGGACCGGCAUGGGGGAAUUCUACCUCCGAUGCCUUGGGAAAAAUGGGGUUUUUGUGGAUGGGGUGUUCCAGAGAAGAGGGGCUCCACCUCUGCAGCUUCCACGAAUAUGUUGCUUCCGAUUCCCAAGCACAAGUAUAAAAAUCACGUUCACCGCACUUUUAAGUGAAAAAAAAGAGCAGAGAAAUGUGCCCGAAUCGCCGGUCAAGUCGGUACAACCUCAAAUUUCUCCACUGACCAUCAACAUUCCGGACAAUAUUGCCCACCUUAUGAGCCCGCUGCCUUCACCCACAGGCACCAUAAGUGCUGCAAACUCCUGCCCAUCAAGUCCAAGGGGGGCCGGACUGUCUAGCUAUAGGAGUGGCCGGGUCCUGGCCUCAGACCUUAUAGCAGAUAACUCCCAGUCAGAAAAUGACAAGGAGGCGUCAGGUGAAGACAGCCCAAAGGAUGACUCGAAACCACCGUAUUCAUAUGCACAACUGAUCGUCCAGGCCAUUACCAUGGCCACAGAUAAACAACUGACACUGAAUGGAAUCUACACCCACAUCACAAAGAAUUACCCCUACUACAGAACAGCUGAUAAGGGAUGGCAGAACUCCAUCCGCCACAACCUGUCCCUGAACCGGUACUUCAUCAAAGUAGCACGCUCUCAGGAGGAGCCUGGCAAAGGGUCCUUCUGGAGGAUCGACCCUGCUUCAGAAGGCAAACUCGUAGAACAAGCCUUCAGGAAACGUAGGCCAAGGGGGGUGCCUUGCUUCAGGACCCCCGUGGGGCCCCUCUCUUCCAGGAGCGCUCCCGCUUCUCCCAAUCACACCGGGGCGCUGUCGGCUCAUUCCAGCGGCGUGCAGACCCCAGAUAGCCUUUCCAGAGAAGGGUCCCCGGUCCCCAUGGAACCAGAGCGUACCCCACCACCAGCCCCCGCACCAACUGCCACCGUCCAGCCUAAACUUGCUGUCAUCCAAGAGGCUCGCUUUGCGCAGAACUCUACUGGUGCUCCACUCACGAACCAGCCCGUAUUGAUCGCCAUGCAACGCCCGAUGCCUCAGACGACCAUGAAGCCUGUGACCUACGCCGUGGCGACGCCGGCCAUCGUGACGACGACGGUUAGCCCCGCGCCCGUCAUGCAAACGGUGCACGUCGUCCACCAGAUCCCCACCGUCGCCAUGACACCUGUCGGCGCGCAGCCCGCUGCUUUGGUGAAGCCAGACUCUCAGGAGAAUGGAGGGGGCGAGCACCAAGAGAUCAAAGUGAAAGUGGAGACGCUCCCAUCCAUCACAACCUCGUCGAUAGGCGGAGUCGGCCGCAUCAUCCAGAGCGCUCAGGCGGCUCCCCUGACUACAGUAACCAUCAUGCAGCAGGCUCCGCUCGGUCAGCACCAGCUGCCCAUAAAGGCCAUCACACAAAAUGGAACUCACCUGGUCCCCAUCAGUUCGGCUGGCGCAGCAGCCGUCGCAAACCCCCUCCACCUUCUUGCCACCCACGCUUCAGCCUCCGCGUCCUUGCCCACCAAGAGGCAGAACGGCGAGCUGCAGGAGGCGCCCGCGUCCAAGAGGGCGAAGACGCAGGAGGGCGACGGGAGCGAGGCAAUUGCCGCAAACGGCAACAACAACAAUGGCUCCGCCGCCACUGAUGGCGCCGGAGAAGCGGAGGUUAGUGAAACGGUGGGCAACCAGUAGCCCCUCUCCCCCCUGUCCUCCUCUCUCCUUAUGCAUCCUGAGCCCUGCCGUCGCCCACAUUGAGCCUCAUGCCGUCCACGCUCUGACCUCUUCACCUUUUACUGGUCAUCACCUACGGCAAGGUGCCAAAAAGAGAAGAGAUUACUCAAAGUGAACGUUCCAAUCUCGCCCCCCAUCCCGGUCCACACGGAAUUAAGAAUCCCAGCAUUGUCGGCCUGCGAGCGGGAACCCCCCUCUUGAAGCACAGGGAACGAAAACUCCCAAAUUCCAGCGGACUUUUUGGGGACCGAAACAUGCCAACAGCCUCGCCGAUGGUUGCAUUCUCAGCACUUGGAAGUGCAAUCCAUCAUGCAGCCAAGCCAAGAUCGGCCGCCAGGGGAAGCGCGCGUACGUGUGGACGUUCCCAUCUUCGGCAGCUAGCCUCCCUUGACCCGGUUGUGAGUAGAUCUAUAUGCAGUAUUCCAUUGUGCAAAGGUGUCUUUGGAGCUCUUCAUUUCUCCAAGGACCAAGUGAUGAAUUAUGAUUAGAAAAACCUAUAAGUGGGGUCGUGAUGAACAUUUAAAACUCUCGCCUGAUAUUUAGAAUUUUUUUGUUUUGUUUUUGUAUGUGAACUUUGUUCAGUGAAAUGAAUGUAGUCUUCUUUAUUUCUUUUCUUUGAAACACUAUCUAAUAUGAGUGGAUCCCCGACUGCUCAUUCUCGCAAAUGACAUUUUGUUUUUCCACCACUGUACACGGACAGACUUUUUUUCCAUAUUUUACAAAUGUCCAAUGAGAUGAUUAAAAAAAAAACAAAACAAAACAAAAAACAAGUAUAUUGCCAUGCGUAUUUGACCGUAUGCUUCAUUGAGCUUGCAUGUUAACAGAUCUAGAGAUAUAAUGUACCGAUUUAUCUGAAUAUGGAACUGAAGAAAGUUUAGACUGAAUCUAUGCUUCUUGAUUCUGCCCAGUGCUGCACUUACGCCUCUUCUUAGUUGUGUAUAUAAUU